CGGUGAGCUGCGGCAAAUGGUGCGGUGACCAAUCAGAGAUCAGGGAUCAGGCGGGCUGCGGCAAGCUCCGGCAUGCCGCACCGCACUGCGUUGAGAUCAAAAUAUUUUAAUUUUUCCGCAUGCCGCAUGCCGUUCGGCUAGAGUCGGCAACUAUCGAAGAUUUUCGGGGAUUAGUGAAAACGGUGAAAACUGUUGAAUAUUUACUAGAUUUGUAGGUUAUUGUCAUACUGCAUCAUACGUCGUACGAAGCAAUGGCAUUAUACGAAAAUACAUCUGUGGAAUACAAUUCUGAAGAUUUUAAUGAACUCAUAAUUCAUUACAUUAGAAGCCGCCCACAAUUAUGGGACUUAAAAAAUAAACAAUAUAAAGACAACGUGGUAAAAAAAAAAUUAUGGUGUGAACUGGCUCAAGAACUUAAUGUUAGUGAGGAUUUAGUGAGAAAUCGAUGGAGGAAUAUUCGAGAUCGGUACAUGAAGGAGAAAAAGAAAUUACAAACAAAAAGUGGACAAGCAGCUGUUCAGUAUUCUGUAUGGUCACUUAUGCCAAGUUUAAGUUUUUUGUCAGAUACAGUGGAACCUCGCAAAACUGUGACAAAUUACGAAAAUUUCGGCAUUGAACAUCCUGUAUCUAUUGAUGCAUUGUCACCAGCAUCAUCGGAAACAUUUGUAGAUAUACAUAGUGCAUAUGAUACACAAGAACAAGUACACAAUAUGGAGGAUACCAAUAUAAGACAGACAAAUCAAACAGAAUUUUGUUCACCACAGUUCAGGUCAUUGCCUCGUCCUAACAGUGCCUCGUCUCGUUCUAAUAGCAUCUCGCCUUAUCCAAGCAGUGCCUCGCCUCGUCCUAACAGUGUCUCGCCUCGUCCUAUUGAUGCCUUUCCUAGUUCUACAGGAGCUCCAUUUAUUCGUACUUCGAACAUUUCACGUCCUGAGAGCAUUUCACCUCGUCCCUCGAGUGCACCAUAUCUUCGAGACAGCGUCUCGCCCUGUUCUCGGAGAUCUGAUACAGUGGGCAGCUAUUCUCAACAAAAUUACGCACAAUAUGCAAAACGAGCAAAAAAGCAAUUGCCUGAAACGCGUACAGAUGCGGUCGACCAGGCAAUUUUAAACUUGGUGGAAAAACGAAAUUCAACCGACACCAUGAAUUCAGACGAUCUCUUUUAUUUGUCUAUAUCGCGGGAUUCACAGCAACUAAACGUAAAUGCGAAAUUACGUUUAAAAGCACUAGUAUUACAAGCGCUUUCUCAAGUUGUAACAGAGGAACAAAAUAAAAUCUAAUCAAUUGCAUUUUUUAUAAA